AAGACAACAUUAUUGCUUAUAUACCCACCGUCUUCCUUGUUAUUUGUCUACAAGUCUCCAUUUGUUCUCUUUCUUUUUUUUUCUGCAGCCGUCUCUGGUUUCUCUUUAAUUUCCUCUAAAUCUUGCACAAAUCAUGGCCCUUUUGAUUUGUCUAGUGCUGUUCUUAGCCAUGACUGGCCAUUCAAGUGCUACUUAUUGCUUAUGUAAAGAUGGAGUUGGUGAUCAAAUACUUCAAAAGGCACUGGAUUAUGCAUGUGGAGCUGGAGCUGAUUGUUCAGCUAUUCUCCAGAAAGGUGGUUGCUUUAACCCCGACACCGUGAAAGAUCACUGCAACUACGCUGUCAAUAGCUAUUUCCAAAGGAAAGGUGAAGCUCAAGGAAGCUGUGAUUUCUCAGGCUCUGCUACUGUUAGCGCCAAUCCUCCUCCGAAUAUUGCUUCAACUUGCAGCUUUCCCUCAAGUAGCACGGGCACAACCACCACAGGCACCACACCAACCGGAACAACCACCGGCUCAACCACCACGGGUACAAUCCCAGGGACUACUCCAACCACCGUGUUUGGUGGUGCAGGGACAACACUAGGGCCAACAACAGGGACCAAUGAUCUUCCAAGCAAUGCUGUGGGUGUGUUCACCAACAACAACUUGAUCUUUGCUUUUGUUGUAUUGACAAUCCUACGUAUUUCAGAGUUAUCCUGGCUUUGAAUCGUAAGGGGAAUAUUUGGGGGAUUUUGAUCAGAUUUUGCGAUGGCUUGUGACCUUUGGUGUGUGGGUCCAUGAUGGGAGCAUUUAUCAGUGACAAUGACAAAUCCCCCACCACUACUUUUUUUCUUUCUUUUUUGUAUAUCUAGUGAGUCCACUUUU